UGGGGAAAUACCAUAAUAAUAUUGAAGUAAAUUCUUCCUCGUAGCGGCGGAUAAAUAGCGCGCCUCGCCUCGAGCCCGCACACUCCGGCACCAGCCCUCUGCCGCACCACGCGGUCUAGUCUACGUGCAGUUUUACAGAUCAGUGAAGAAGGAAGCAUCAUGAAGGUGUACGCGUGCUUGUGCGCUGCGGUGGUGAUGUUGGUGAUGACGUCACGCGUGUCAGAGGCGCGCUCCACCGGGGCCCCGCUGAGCGCCUGUCGCGACAUGAUGCCGCAGCACAACGCCACCGCGCAGACCUCGCCGCCGCCCUACACCAUCACCACCGACGCGCAGAGCGUAGCUCCCGGCGAUAGCGUGGAGGUGGUGAUCGCAGGUAAGCUGCCAGAGGACACCUUGCGCGGAUAUUUGCUGCAGGCCCGGCAGGGAGACGACAUCCUCGGGACUUUCUCGCUCGAGGACGGAGACGUCUUCUCUCAGCUCAUCAACUGCGGGAAGCCGGGGAACGCAGUGACUCACAAGAAGCACGACAACAAGGAAGACAAGCGGCAGGUGAGGGUGCGCUGGUCUCCGCCCCAGGGUCUCACCGGGGAGGUCGUGUUCCGCGCCACCAUCGUCAAGACACUGAAGGUCUUCUGGGUCGGAGUACAGUCUGCUCCAAUUAAAAUUGUAUCCUGAGCAGCGACGUCGAUACGAUCCGCUAUAGUUUAAAUAAUACAAGAUACCUUCCUACUCGUAUCUACAAGUAAUUCUUACGAUACUAACAUUACUACUGUUUCAAUAAUUGACAAUAAAAUAACUCAUUAAACUA